AUGGGCAUCAUCAGGAAAACUCUCUACACAGGCGUCCUCACCGGCGCCAGCCUGGUGGGGUACCUUGGACUGUCAACGACGCUUACCUGCCCCCUCCCUCGCGAUGACCCCCUCUGGAGCUCGAAAGCCUUCGCCAAGCACAACAAAUACCGCAACCCGUCAACACAGGAUAUAGUCACAAAGACAAUCCCCCUCGACAAGAUCAAUCCCGAGUUGCUGCAGCACGAGGGCGACCUGGCGGUCGAGUUCUGCCGAGGGGUCUGGUCCAGCCUGGGCUACCGUGUCCAACGAGCCUAUCUCGCCCGCAAGUACCAGGGCCCGGCGACGUCGGACCAGCUGUGGACGGUCGACCAGCUGUCGAGCUCGACCUACGAGCCCGGGACCAAGAUCACGGACCACUUCGAGGUCGUCGAGAAGACGCCGACCGAGAUCACCGUGCGAUGCGGCGACUCGCCCCGUAACCCGGGCCCGAGGGAUUCCGACGGGCUUUUCAUCAUCAGCGCCGAGAUAGACCGGGAGCGCGGGGAGGCCGUGCUGGGGCUCAAGAGCUGCUUCUACACUAGCGCCCGCAAGGUCGAGGGCAUCGCUAGCCCGAUGCCGGCGUGGAUGGAGGCGCUUCACGCGUGGUAUUCGCGGCUUUGGCUGGCGACGGAUGCAGCCCAGAGGCGAUUCCAAUCGGCAACUUCUCCAUGUGGACACUUCCGACUUGUCCAACCCCGACCUGAGAUUUGUCAGGUAAUGUUAGUCCAGGCCAUGACUAUCCAACCGAGAGUACAAUCUGUGGGAGGCGACGUGAAUGCCGGUGUCAACAGCAUCAACAGCGCCAAGGGGACGAAAGGGCCGGCGACUUACCCCUCACAUCCCCUGGGGCCGUUGAGUGGCGUAGAGAUCACACAGUCGUCCCGCCUGGUAACCGAGUCUUGGCCCGAGGGCACCUUGUUCCAGUUCAAGUCUGUGAAGCUGCGCGAGCCAGCGAAGAAGGAACUGGUCCCAUACCUGACGGCGGAGAGGGCGGGCGGGAGCCUUCCUUCAAUUGACAGGAGGGCCGAUGUGCUUUACUACAUCAGAAACACUGAUAAACUCCACGAGGCCAUCGUCAACUUGACUCAGGGUAAGGUCGAGAGCAAUAUCCUCUUGGGCCCUCACCAGCAUGCCAAUGGCGAUGGGGAAGAGAUUAUUGCCAUCGAGAAGGCCCUGUUGGCCGAUCCUGGUGUUCUGGCCGAGAUAGCCAAGCUGGAGCUCCCGGAGGGGGCGGUCGUGGUAGCCGAUCCCUGGAUCUACGGCUCGGACGGCUGCUUUCUCUACAUGCGGGAUCCGAAUAACCCAACCGAGCCGGACAAUACCAUCACGAUGGAGAUCAUCCGCAUCGACAUUCUCCCCACGGGGCUUGACGAGAAGGUCAAGCCCCUCGGCCCGUGGCAGCCGGUUGGGCCGAACGAAUACAUCCCCGAGGCGAACACGCUCCGCACGGACCUGAAGCCGUUGCACGUCGUCCAGCCGGAAGGGGCGUCGUUCACGAAGUGGGAUUUCAAGGUGGGCUUCAACCAGCGCGAGGGCAUGGUGCUCUACGACGUGCACUACGACAACAAGCCGCUCUUCUACCGGCUCAGCCUGUCGGACAUGGCGAUCCCAUAUGCCGACCCGCGGCACCCGUUCCACCGCAAGCAGGCGUUCGAUCUCGGCGACGCGGGCGCAGGGAUCAUGGCCAACAACCUCGAGCUGGGGUGCGACUGCCUGGGCAGCAUCUACUAUAUCGACGGGGUGGUGUCGGACAGCUCGGGCGGGCCGCUGGCAAUGCCCAACGUGAUCUGCGUGCACGAGCAGGACGCGGGCAUCGCGUGGAAGCACACCAACUACCGGACGGGGCGGGCGUGCGUGGCGCGCAGCCGCGAGCUGGUGCUGCAGACGAUCCUGACCGUGUCCAACUACGAGUACGUGCUGCAGUUUGUUUUCAACACUGCCGCCGACCUGGCCUACGAGGUGCGCGCCACGGGCAUCCUCUCGACCCAGCCGGUGGACCUGGCCCUGACGCGCACGCCGCACCCGUACGGCACCGUUGUGCACCCGGGCGUGCUGGCUGGAUACCACCAGCACUUCUUCUCGCUGCGCGUCGACCCCAUGAUCGCCGGCCACGGCAACGCUGUCGUGUACGACGACGCCGUGCCGCUGCCGCGCGACCCGGUGCUGAACCCGCACGGCGUCGGCUACGGCGUGGCGCGCACGACCAUCGAGACCUCGGGCGGAUACGACCGGGACGCGUCGCGGGGGCGCACCUUCAAGAUCGUCAACCCGGCCGUGGCCAACGCGGUCAACGGCGCGGCAGUGGGCUACUCGGUGGUGGCGCCGGCGAUGCAGCCGAUGCUGGCGGACGCCGAGAGCUUCCACAGCCGGCGGGCCGAGUUCGCCGACCGCGCUGUGUACGUGACGCGGCACGCCGACGGCGAGCUGUUCGCGGGGGGCACAUACACGAACCAGAGCCGCGGCGGCGACGGCGUGCGCGGCUGGGCCGGCAGGCGCGACAGCCUCGCCGCCGGGGACCCGGUCGUGUGGGUCCAGUUCGCCAUCGGGCAUGUGCCCCGCGUCGAGGACUUCCCCGUCAUGCCGUGCGAGACGGUCCGCGUCGCGUUCCGGCCGGCGAACUUCUUCGAUAGGAACCCGGCCAUUGAUGUGCCGCCUAGCACACAGGCCGUCAACUGCAGCGUUGCGCUGAACGGGGCGAUGGAGGGGAUGAGCCUAGGUGGGAAGGGGGGAAAGGAGGAGGGGGAGAGGGGGUUGCCGGGGGUUUGCACGGGGCAUGCGCUGGAGUGA